CGGGAGCCGUCACUCAAGACCGGCACCGAUUAACACAUGCUUCUGUUUGUACGUUUUCAUUUAACAUUAUUAUUUUACGAAAUAAAUGAAAAUAAAUCAAAUACAUAUUCAUUUCCUAAACUGCGUUACCCACUCUAGUCAGCAGAUGGCUAAUGGCGUCUUUCAGGCAAUGCUGCCUGUGUGACGUAUAAUCUAAUGGACGGGAAGUUUGUUCAACCACAACUGCGACCUCGGUAGCUUUGCUAGGCGACGUAGCAGGAACAUUUGAGCUCUUUAUACGCUUUCGGUGUUUAUUCGCCACUCUGUUUUAAACACAUUUCUGUCGUAUCUACUAGUUACCCCUUUUAAUAUCAUACGUACGUCAGCUUGCUGUCUGGUUAAGGUAGCAGUAGGCUAAUCGCUAAUGCUAACUAGCUAACAUCCCCGACCAUGAGUUCAAAAAGCUACCACAACUCCGCUGAAGAGGAGGACUGCUGGACGGAGAGAGAAGCUCUCGUGAAAGAGGAGAAGGAAGAAGAGGCUGUCACAGUUAAACAAGAAGUAAAGGAUGAGGCUGUUACAGUGAAAGAGGAAGACGUUUCGGUGAAAAAGGAGGAGGAAGUUAAACAAGAGGGUGCAGUUUGUACAGUGAAAGAGGAGACGACUGUCACGGUGAAAGAAGAGGAAGACGUUUUUGGAGUGAAGGAGGAGGGGGAGAUCACUGUCACACUGGAGGAGGAAGAAGAGCAGAAUGGAGAUCUGAUUAACACCAGAGAGACACCAGACUCAGAAGAUCCAGAGCAAGAGACGUCUGAACCAGCAAGACGACACCACUGUUCCCACUGUGGAAAGACUUUUACCCAGUUACGGACACUGAAGGUGCAUGAAAGAAUACACACUGGAGAGAAGCCCUACCAAUGUUCCCAGUGUGGAAAGAGUUUUACCCAGUUAGGGAGCCUGAAAAUACAUACUAGAAUUCACACCGGAGAGAAGCCUUACCAAUGCUCCCAGUGUGGAAAGAGAUGUUCACAGUUAAGUUGCCUGAAAUCACAUGAGAGAAUACACACAGGAGAUAAGCCUCACAAAUGCCUUCAAUGUGGUAAUACUUUUAAGCGGUUAAGUAACCUGAAAGAACAUCAAAGAGUGCACACGGGGGAAAAGCCUUACUACUGUUUAUAUUGUGAAAAGCGUUUCAGCUGGGUAAGGCAACUGAAAGAGCAUGAGAGAACACACACCGGAGAGAAGCCCUACCAAUGUUCCCAGUGUGGAAAGAGAUUUACCCAGUUCGGGAGCCUGAAAAUACACGAGAGAAUCCACACAGGCGAAAAGCCUUUCCAAUGUUCCCAGUGUGGAAAGAGUUUUAACCGGUUGGGUAACCUGAAAUCACACGAGAGGACACACAAAGAAGAAGAGCCACAUCACUGUUCCCAGUGUGGAAAGAAUUUUACCUCAUUACGCUUCCUGAAGAAUCAUGAGCAAAGACACACCGGGGAAAAGCCUUUCCGCUGCUCCCAGUGUGGAAUGACAUUUACCUGGUUACGGCAACUGAAAUCACAUGAAAGAAUCCACACAUGAGAGAAAUGUUACGAAUGCUCCCAGUGCAGAAAGAUAUUUACCCAGUUUAGGCACCUGAAAGACUAGAAGCCUUUCCGCUGCUCCCAGUGCAGAAAGAUAUUUACCCAGUUUAGGCACCUGAAAGACUAGAAGCCUUUCCGCUGCUCCCAGUGCAGAAAGAUAUUUACCCAGUUUAGGCACCUGAGAGACUGAGGUUACACACACAGGGAUGUAUAUGAGAAGCUUUACUCGUGCUCCCAAUGUGGAGAGUGAUUUUUCACAUACUUACAAUUCAUGAGGUAACACACACAUUCCUCCCACACUUCUCAUAUUUACCUGAAAAUUGGUGCGUUGUGGUUUUGUUUAUUCUCUUAUUUCCAUAUGAAAUCAAAUUGGAGAAAACCUACUUAAAAAACAUUUGUAUGUUUUAAAAUUGAAUAUGGAGUGUGUCAGUUUUUAUGUAGAUUCUAUGUACACUCUCUCUGUGAUUAAAUAGUCUUCU